AUGCUGGGAAUGUACAACUCACACUGGCUUUUUCUCGGGAAAAGAAGCAUGAAAUUCACGAAGCUUUUCGUAGAACAGCGAUUCGUCUCUCACGAGAGCAUCGUGGCCGACGGAGAGGCUCUCCGGCCAAACUGGAGCCGGAAAAUCAAUUACGAGAUCAUUAAGCACCUCCGAACCCGCCCCGGAACAAUUUCGGGCGAGUACAGGACCGUCAGGAGCGAGAACGUGACAAUACCCCACAGCAAGCCCUUUAUCUAUCUUGAAGGAGAAGGAAGAGAUCAGACUGCCAUUGUUUGGGGCGACCAUGCACUUCACAGUAGUGGGACAGAAUGGAGUGCCACCUUUACUGUCCUAGCUAGUGUUUCAAAAGGCAUAAGCUUUAAGUUUGUGAAUCCUGCUUCUGUCCGCUGCAAGAAUUCUGUCACGCCCAUCGGCUUGGGUGCGAAGCAGGCUGCUGCAGCAACAAUUGGGGCUGAUAGAUCGGCUCUGCAUGGUUGGGGAUACUGUGCAUUGCAGGACACAUUGAAUGAUCACUUGGGCAGGCACUUCUACAGAUCUUGUUACAUACAGGGUGUAGUAGAUUUCAUCUUUUGUUUUGCACGGUCACUCUACCAGGAUUGUGAUAUAGUUGCAACAAAGUUUAACAGCAAAAUUGUAAAUGGAACAAUAACAGCUCAUGGCAGGCAAGGUUAUUCAAGGUUUGAACACAACUAUGUAGAAGUUACAGUAACUGAAGCUUAUAUGCAUGAAAUGGAGACACCAUUAGUGAUCCUCCAUUUUUCUGGCUUCGUAAGUUCUACAAAAGUUUCAGUUGUUCUGGUUUUGGGACUUUCUACAAUGGUGGUAUCACGUACUUUUCCAUGUUUUCUGCAACUUUUUCUGCUGUCUUUCGCUAUUCUUUUGUCUCUGUCCUCCGCUGGCACCAAAGCUAAAAGUUACUUUCUGCUGAGAAGAAUUCAGUCUCAGACUGUAACGACCAUACAGGUAGAUUCUGGUGGAAGAGGUGAUUUUAGGACCAUUCAAGCGGCGAUUGAUUCUAUUCCAUCAGGAAAUCAGCAGUGGAUCACUAUCCAUGUCAGGGCUGGAAUUUACAACGAGAAGGUGGUUGUACCAUAUGAUAAACCAUUCAUUUUUCUGGAAGGUGAAGGAAGAACUUCCACUUUUAUCACAUGGGCUGACACAGCAGCCAGGAUUGGUACAGCAGGGAGUGCAACUUUCACAUCAUAUGCUCCCAAUUUUGUAGCCAGAUGGAUAAGCUUUAAUGUAAAAAAUGAGCCCCUAAGUCAGGCAGUAGCAGCGCUAGUUGCAGGAGAUAUGUCGGCAUUUUAUGGCUGUGGAUUCUCUGGCAUACAGGACACUCUGUUUGAUUUUCAGGGGCGGCACCUCUUCCGUUCGUGUUAUAUAGAAGGCACAGUUGAUUUCAUAUUUGGCUCUGGCAGGUCCCUAUUUGAGGAUUGCACAAUUUUUGCCAAGGUUGAUAUGAAAGAUAUGGCAUAUGGCUAUAUAACAGCUCAGGGGAGAGAUAAGAACAAUUCUUCAUUUGGCAGUGCCUUUGUUUUUUCUCAUUCUAAAGUUUUUGGUACGGGACCAGUGUUCCUGGGAAGAGCAUGGAGGCCUUAUUCCAGAGUUAUCUUUUAUCGGACAUAUAUGUCUGAUGUUAUAGUUCCUGCAGGAUGGGAUUCUUGGAAUCAACCAACACAAAAUCUUUCAUACACGGAGUAUGGCUGCGACGGACCUGGCUCUGACACUUCCAAGCGGGUGAAAUGGCUGCGGACAAUUAGCUCACAGAGGUUGUCAUACUAUACAAGCUUGAGUUAUAUUGGCAUGAGACGCUGGUCUCACCCACAACACAAUUCCUUUGCGAGACAAAUUCCAGAGCCCCCAAUUCAUGAUGAUGGUUUAUGAUGAAUGCCAAGAUCAGGGAAAUGUUACUGUUUCUUCAUCCAGUCUUCAGUUCAAUGAGAUUUCCUGGACAUUUGCCUUCUGUAUUUACUUUUGUCCACUCAUUGCAGUUGCUAUACCUUGAAAUUUAAUUAAUGUCAACUGUUGAACUUCUGGUAACUCAAAUUGUC